AUGGCUCUGAAUAUCGCCUCAAUACGCGACACAAAAUGGCUGACCCUGGAAGUGUGUCGGCAGUUUCAGAGGGGGACUUGCUCGCGCACAGAUGAAGAGUGCAAAUUUGCCCACCCGUCGAAAAGCUGCCAAGUGGAAAACGGAAGAGUGAUUGCGUGUUUUGACUCUUUAAAGGGCCGCUGCACGCGGGAGAACUGCAAAUACCUCCACCCGCCCGCUCACCUGAAAACCCAGCUGGAGAUCAACGGGCGCAAUAACCUCAUCCAGCAGAAGACAGCGGCCGCCAUGUUGGCCCAUCAGAUGCAAUUUAUGAUUCCCGGCACCACCAUGCAGCCUGUGCAGACAUUUCCAGUCAGCCAGGGUCUGGGCUCCGGUGGCGCUCUGAGCUACACACCGUACCUGACCCCCGUGUCGCACGGAAUGGGCCUGGUACCGGCAGACAUCUUGCCCAGCACGCCCGUCAUCGUCCCCGGCAGCCCUCCCGCGUCAUUGGCCGCCGCCUCCUCAGCCAAUCAAAAACUGCUGCGAACAGACAAACUGGAGGUUUGUCGCGAGUUCCAGCGGGGUAACUGCGCUCGAGGCGAGACCGACUGCCGCUUCGCCCACCCGUGCGACAGCCCCAUGAUCGACACCAGCGACAACACGGUCACUGUCUGCAUGGACUAUAUCAAGAGCCGUUGCUCCCGCGAGAAGUGCAAGUACUUCCAUCCGCCAGCCCAUCUGCAGGCCAAGAUCAAGGCUACCCAACACCAGGCAAACCAGACCACGGCAGCCAUGACUCAGUCGACUGCCAAAGCAAUGAAGCGACCCCUCGAGGCAGCUGUAGACCUGGCGUUCCCCCACAGCGUCCUACAGCCGUUACCAAAGAGGGCAGCACUGGAGAAAAGUAACGGUGCAAGCUCCCUGUUUAACCCAAGUGUCUUGCACUACCAGCAAGCCCUGGCCAACGCUCAGCUCCAACAGCCUGCUUUCUUUCCCACAGGGUCAGUCCUGUGCAUGGCGCCCGCUAGCAGUCUUGAUCAUCCUGAAGUGAAUGCCACAAAAGCAGCGACGUGUGACGAAGCUGCCUGCAAACUGCCUGCGUGUAAAUACUAUCUGUCCUCUCCCGUAGAGGUCCGGCAACCUGCAUGCUAA